GACGGAUGGAAUAGACCGGUCAAGGUGCGAUGCUGAAUAAAAGAAGUAAGCUUGUUUUUUCUUUCUUAUCAGCAAACUUAAAGGGAAAAGUCUGUCUAGAUGUUGCAGGGCGACGACGCAUCGGGUGGUCCCAAGAAGGGCCUUACGCUCGAUGACCUCAUUGCGGCCAUUGACCGACAUGAAAGGAACCCGAGCAAUAUCCCUAAAGUCGAUACCUUCCACUUUUGUGGGGAGAGGGUUUCAGAAUGGCUAGAGCGGGUGGAACAAGAUUUGGUCGGGCGGUCGGACGUUGUAAAGUUCCAACGCAUUCUUCAGUAUGUCCUCCACAACUACCACCAGGAAGUGAAAAAAGUCAUAGAUGCGGCCCAAGGUAGCUGGGAGAGGUUCAAGGAGGGGAUGCAGAGGAAAUACCGCCUGGGAGACGGGCUAUUGACUACCGCGGACCUUGAGGCGAUGUGCAAAGAGGAUUUUACGACGAUAGGGGCCUUUGUGGAGCAACGUCAGAUACGCCUGCAAAGGCAGAAGAGAAAGGAAAGGGAUGCGACCGCUUCUGGGACCCUGGGGUUAACAAGGAUUGUUACAGACGUAUUGGCACAGCUGGGGUAUGCGACAGAGCCGGUGGUGCAAAGGAGGGUAGUAACAGUUGUCCAAGUGAAAGGAACGGAGCCGGUGAUAGAGAAGGCUGUUCAGGAGGAGCUCUGGGAAGAGGAAGAGCCGGUGCCGCAGCGCCUGAUGAAGGUCCAACGCAAAGUGCGUAACUUGGACCAGGGCGGACAGGGAUCAGGAAAAGCGCAGGCGCCUCAGGCCUUGACGGCAACCCCUUUAAAUGUGGUGGCUCCAUCAUCUAGUACGGGCCCCUCGCAAGGAGGGGCACCCUCCUAUGGACAGUGGCCCUGGCCGGUGAUCAAUGCAAUUAUGCCAUGGGGAAGCCCACCGCUAGUAGCCGGACUGCAAGCGAGUAUGCCGCCACCCAUCUACCCCGCAGCCCAGGCCCAGCCUGUGGCCCCGCCGCCGUCACCCGCUCCCAAUUCACAGGGAAGCAUGGUUGGAGGUGGGAACCAGGGCAGGGCAAUCAAGGCAACGGAGGGAGGGGUGGAGGAAGGGGGCGAAGCAGGGAUGGCAGAGGAAGGCAAUGGAAUGGUCAAGGCCAGGGGUACCAAGGCUAGGGGAAUCAAGGCCAGGGGUACCAAGGCCAGGGGUAUCAAGGCCAAGGGAAUCAAGGCCAGGGAUACCAAGGAGCCAGGAAAAAUAAAGGAGGCCGUGGAAGUGGAGGAUGACGAUGAUGAAGAGGAAGAAGACGAGAGGCUGUGCCGAGAAGAGGAUCAGAGGGCGGAGCAACGGGCAAGGAAAAAGGGAGCCAUGGGAGAGGUCGAGUCGAUCGUGCGCGACGGACCGCCCAAAAGGAAGAAGUAUGCGGUUCGGUUGGAGGAGGGGUUUGACGUGGAGAAAGUGAUCGACCGGCUGCUAGAAGGGCAUAAUGAGCUCAUGACCCUGAAGGAAUUCCUAGCGUCGGCCACGCGGCUCCGCGUUGAACUAAAGGGGAGAUUGUCGCGGCGCCUGGUGCCCAAUGUCCAUCUGGGUACGAUCCUGCCCAAGGAGGCUGAGUGGGCGGAGUCGGGUACGAAAAUGGACAGGAAGUGUGUAGCCUGCGACACGGUGGAUCUGGUAGUAAAGGGCUCCAAGUGUGCGGCAAUGGUGGACACCGGGGCUGAAAUGAACAUUAUUCGGGAAGCAGACGCAAUCAAAUUCGGGCUGGAUAUAGACCGUUCUGACUGCGGUAUUCUGCACGAAGCCAGCUGCAAGGCCGUAUUUUGUGGGACAGCCUUGAAUGUACUCAUCAAGGUUGGAAAGGUGAAGGUCAGGGCUUGCUUCUUCAUCAUGCCGGACGUGGAUCACGAAAUCCUCCUAGGGAGGUCAUUCCUAAGCAGGACGGAGACCGUGAUAUUUAAUAAGCAUGACGGGACGUUAAUCCUCCUCUUAUGCGACCCUGCCUGCGGAAAUUACGAAAUAAUUACCUGCAGAAACACAGGGCCAAGGAGUGUAAGGAACCGACCCAAUCCAGGAUCGUUCAUGAUAGAAGAGUCGGAAGGUGAGCGCCGGAGGCUCCGGGCAGAGCCCGAAGCAGGAGAGAGGGUGGAAGCAUUUUCCCUCAGCCUGUCGGACGUAGGGAAGGCCAUGGACUUGGUGGCUGCGCAUGAGAUGGCAGAUCCGGAUGCCAUCCAGGCCUUGAGAGAGCAGGUUCUGGAAUUCCCCAAGGUAGGUUGGAGCUGGGGACGACUGAAGCAGGGUUCCCAAAGGCGGUACAAGACGGUAGACAAGAAGUGCCGCCCGGUUCUCGUCCUCGUUAGAGAGGACGAGGAAGCAUAUUACGAGAGGGAACGAGGGUUGAUACGACGAAUGAGGGAGAGUGCUUUAGCAGGACCAUGUCGUAUCAACGAAGGGAAUGAAGGGGAGUUGAUUAUAGGGGAGCCCGACUUCCUAUUGCCUCAGGAGCGAGCAUUGAUGGUGGAGUUGAUGAAGAAGAGGCAUCGCGCCUAUGCGUUUAGCGACGAGGAACGUGGCAGGCUGGAUGUGGACAAGAUACCUAUGAUCCGCAUCCACACCGUGCCACAUGAGCCUUGGAAUAUGAGAGGGGCGUGGUAUCCUAAUCCUGAUGAGGAAAAGAAGGUGGUGGAUUACCUCGACGGCAAGAUACGUACGCACGUUGCCGACUAUUCGAGUGGACCGUAUGCGUCCCCAUGGUUCUGCUUCAUCAAGCCUAACGGGACGCUGCGGUGGGUGCAAGAUUUGGAGAGGCUGAAUGUGGUGACCGUGCGGGAUGCUGGAGGAUUGCCCAAUGCAGACGCGCUGUCAGAAUCCUAUGCGGGGCCAACUGCCUUAGGAGGAGUUCUAAUCCAGGCAGACAUAGAGGGAAAGGAAAGGUCCAUGAGGUUUGAGAGUCAGACUCUCUGUACGACCGAGAGGAACUACUCUCAGUUCAAGAGGGAGACCCUUGCCGUCCUCCACUGUCUGCGAAUCUUUCGGAACAACAUCUUCCGCAGAAGGUUUAUUUUGAGAGUGGAUCCGACCGCCCUGACCUACUCUCUAAGGAAUUACGUUCCAUCGGAUCCGACGGUUGCCCGAUGGCUGGCGUACAUCUGGAUGUUCAAUUUCGAAUUGGAACGGAUUCCUGGUAGUAAGAACCGGGCGGACGGGCUGAGUCGGAUCAACUGGGAUAAACAGGAAGGGGAGGCGGUGGAGAAUACGCCCCCAGUUGAUGGAUUUCUGGAUCAGGAAGAAGAUGUUCGUCUCCACAUCAAUAAGUGGUCGCUGCGAGUGCCCAGUUGUGUAGGCUAUCCUAUUUGGCAAGCGCCAAGUGGGUACGAACGGAGGACUGAGUUAGUCCUCAAACCCUUUGAAGAAGAGGAUCCUUGGGGUAGUAAGGAUGUUCAGUGGAUGAUGGAGCUAGCGCUGGCCAGUUCGCAUAGUCUGGUGGAGGACAUGAGGACGAUUGAGGAAGGACCUGGCCAGGUAGAAUGGCAUGAGGACCUGAUGAGAGGAAUGUAUCUCCUCGUCAACACGUUAUUGCAGGAAAACCUCGACCAGUCAGGCUCAUUGAACCCGGCAGGGAAUGUGGACGAAGUGCCCGAGAGCCAGGACGACGAGUUCGAGGAGGGGGAGAUUAAGGAGGCUUUUCGUGCAGAGGAGUACGACGGGAUCUACCUAGAGUUGGGGCUUCUUCUUUCAUGUGAAAUGCGGCUAAGGGAUGCAAGCGAUAGGGCUCAGAGGAUGCUGCAGCGCUACUUAGUGCGAGACGACCACCUUUUCGUGAGAAGAGAAGUGGGGAAUCCCAGGAGAGUUGUUUGCGGUAGGAAUCGUCAGAUCGACAUCGUAGCAGCGCUUCACGAUGGUAUUGCAGGACGGCAUCGAGGGGUACAAGCCACGUAUGCCAAGAUAAGUGAGCUGUACUACUGGGAUGGGAUGAUGGACAUGGUCGAGAAAUUCUGUCGAUCCUGCGUACCCUGUCAGGAGAGAUCUUGUUUGAGGCAAGGAGAGCCGCUGCAUCCAAGGCUAGAGCGAGAGGUGGGGGCUGUAGUGCAUCUCGAUCUACUCUUUAUGCCGCUUGGGGAUCAGUGCUAUAACUACAUCUUCGAUGCGCGCAAUAACAUGUCCGACUUUGUAGACGAGCGUGCUAUUCGGAGUAGCGAGGAGCCGGGCGGAAAGGAGAUUGGGGCAGAUAGAAAAUAGCGGGAGCGACGAGAAGAGAAGAGGAUGGUGAAGAAGAGGGGGAGAUGCGAAUGAACUCGGACGGGUUCU